AUGCCACAGUCUAAGAGGAAGCGGGGGGCUUCACCAGCCACAGAUUCCAAGGAACUGAAUGACAAAAAGGAAGAUUCAGGUGCCGAACGAAAGGUGAAAGGGCGCAGGAAGGCGGCAGCAUCUGGGAGGUCCGACUCCAAUGAGAAGCCGAAAGAAGAAUAUCAUUUUUGGUUGAUGAAAUCUGAGCCAGAGAGCCGGAUAGAAAAAGGAAUGGACAUGAAGUUUGGAAUAGAAGAUUUGAAGGCCCAACCUGACCAAAGAGCAUGCUGGGACGGAGUGCGAAAUUAUCAGGCUCGGAAUUUCCUGAGACAAAUGAAGGUCGGCCAGGAAGCGUUUUUCUAUCACAGUAACUGUAAGGAGCCCGGUAUCGCUGGGAUUGUGAAGAUCGUGAAGGAGGCGUACCCAGACCACACUCAGUUUGAUACUAAGAAUCCCCACUAUGAUGCUUCUAGCAGCCAGGAGAAUCCAAAAUGGUCCAUGGUGGACGUGCAGUUUGUACGGAUGCUGGGACGUUACAUCCCGGUUGGCAGAGCUGAAGCAGAUACAUCAGAAGCACAAGGCAUCGGAUGGCCCUCUGCGAAACAUGGCGCUCUUUACCAGAGCAAGGCUGUCCAUACAGCCCCUCACGCAAGAAGAGUUUGACUUUGUGCUGAGCCUGGAAGAUGAGAAGCUCUAG